AUGCCUCCCAGACGAAACGUACCUGCUGGGGAUAGCAAUGAUGUCUCGGCGAUGGACCGUAUGGCCAUGGCAAUGGAACAGAUGGCUGAGUUCAUGAUGGCUCAGCAAGUUCAUAAUCAAGCCCAAGUGCAACCACGGGUCGAUGUUACUAAAGCCAUAGCAGCUAGACAACCACCGUUUUAUGCGGGGGAAGAAGACCCGGUGAUCCUUGAAGAAUGGAUCAGAACAUUUGAUAAACUGCUAAACGCUGUGAAUUGUCCUGAGGUACAGCGAGUGUCUUCUGCAGUAUACUACCUGACUAAAGUUGCGGACAACUGGUGGGCAACGGUUGGACCUGACCUUCUACAAGACCCAGAAUUUGGCUGGGAAGAGUUCAAGGCGGAAUUAAGAGGUCAGUUCUACAGUGAACGAAUUAAGGGCAUCAAGUGUGAAGAAUUUUUGCGACUUGAACGAAUUAAGGGCAUCAAGUGUGAAGAAUUUUUGCGACUGAAACAACAAGGAACAACGGUGCAAGAUUAUCAUGACAAGUAUGUUGAGCUGAGAACAACGGUGCAAGAUUAUCAUGACAAGUAUGUUGAGCUGAUGAGAUUUGCUCAGGAUAUCGUACCUGACGAGCCAAGCAAGGCGAGGAGAUUUGUAAGGGGAUUGGACUGGGGAGUGAGAAGUGCAAUCGCACCAUUUAUGUGCUCUACUCUCAGGGAAGCAUAUAAUAGAGCGUCCGAUCAUUACCAGGUGUAUCUUGACCAGCAAGCAGUUUAUGGUCGGAGCAAAAGGAAAGCUGAGGAUAGACGAGGAAAAUCUCAGUGGGAAAAUAAGAGGCUUAACCAAGGAGGAAUUAACCCAAGGCAAGGAGAGAGGAAGGGAGGAAUAACUCCAAGGAAACAAUCUGGUUGCUUGAAAUGCGGAAGAAAUCAUCCAGGAGAAACUUGUCAGGGAGUGAAGAUCAUCUGUUACAAGUGUGGCCUCCUGGGACACAAGGCUUACGAAUGCCCAACCAGGGUAGAAGAUUAUCAGAACCGCUCUCAGAAUGCAAACCAAAGAAGGGGAUCUACUGAGACUAACGGCCAGAAACCCAUGGUACCAGGAAAUCGGGGGGUUAACUCUCAGCAAGUCAACCGAGGAAGAUUGCCAAAGGCCACUGCAGGUUCCAGCAAUAAAGGGAAGGCACCUAUGGGAGAGAACAACACAGGGAACCAGGGCAGAAUCUACGUCGUCAAUAGCGCUCAGGCUCAGGCUAGUGACGUCGUAUCUGGUACAUUUCCUAUUAACUCAAUGCUUGGGUUGGUAUUAUUUGAUACGGGAGCUACUAAUUCGUUUAUAUCCUCUACAUUUGCGGAUAAAUUGAAGUUAAGGUCUAUUAUCAAACUAGAUUUGAAUGUGAAAACUGCCUUUGGGAUAGUAGUAGCCUGUAAGGAAGGAUAUGACAAUGUUUCAAUAGAAAUAGCAGGAUUCAACUGUCCUGGAAACCUUAUUCGUUUUGAAUUAGAAGGCAUUGAUGUGGUGCUUGGGAUAGAUUGGCUGAAUAAGUAUAAGGCUCAAAUAAGGUGUGAUGAGCGAAAGGUAGUCCUACGAGGACCGAAGGGAAAGAAGAUAUCCUAUCGAGGAACUGAGAAGCCACCCGAACCAAAGUUGAUGACGACGCAGAAGUUGAAGAAUGGUGAGUGA